AACAGGAGUGAGAGAAUGUAUACGAAUUGCUUUGUGGGGCUGGAGAAGUACAAUAUAGAGAAAAUAAAGCGUCCGCUAAGUCUCAGAGGCAUCUGCUGUGUUAUCAGACAGACAGCUGCCCAGGAAGCCAUCCUCCAUGCGUCCGGAAGCGGCCUGUCCUCACCGUCCAAGGACUACUGUGUGCUGUACAACCCGUACUGGAAGGAGCUUCCCAGUACCCUAGAAAAUGCAACUUCCUUGAGUUUGAUGAAUCUGACUGCCACGCCACUAUGCAGCCUUUCAGAAAUUCCUCCCGGAGGCCUGAAGAACCAAGCAGUUGUGGUGCAGUGGGGACCCUGCCAUUUUCUGGAAAAAGCCAGAGUCGCACAGGCGGGAGGUGCUGAAGCCUUGUUAGUGGCCAAUGACAGUGUUGUAUUUCCUCCCUCAGGGAACAGAUCUGAAUUUCCUGAUAUGAAAAUACUAAUUGCAUUUAUAAAUCAUAGAGACUUUAAAGAUAUGGAUCAGACUCUGGGAAGUAACAUCAGCGUGAGGGUGUAUUCUCCAGCACGGCCCAACUUUGACUAUACCAUGGUGGUUAUUUUUGUAAUUGCUGUAUUCACAGUGGCAUUAGGAGGCUAUUGGAGUGGACAGAUUGAAUUGGAAAACAUGAAGGUAGUGACUGAGACUGAAGACACAGAGAUGAAGAAACAGAAGGAGGAUUAUUUAACCUUCAGCCCUCUCACAGUUGUGAUAUUUGUGGUCAUCUGCUGCGUUAUGAUGGUCCUGCUCUAUUUCUUCUACAAAUGGUUGGUUUAUGUUAUGAUAGCGAUUUUCUGCAUAGCGUCGGCCAUGAGCCUCUACAACUGCCUUGCUGCCCUGAUUCGGAGGACACCGUGUGGACGAUGCGCGAUUGCGUGUCGUGGCAAAACCAUUGAAGUGAGACUUAUUUUUCUCUCUGCGCUGUGCAUGGCAGUAGCUGUUGUUUGGGCUGUUUUUCGAAAUGAGAAUAGGUGGGCUUGGAUUUUACAGGAUAUCUUGGGGAUUGCUUUCUGUCUGAAUUUAAUUAAAACACUGAAGUUACCCAACUUCAAGUCGUGUGUGGUACUUCUAGGCCUUCUCCUCCUCUACGAUGUGUUUUUUGUUUUCAUAACACCAUUCAUCACAAAGAAUGGGGAGAGCAUCAUGGUUGAACUUGCCGCUGGACCGUUCGGGAAUACUGAAAAGAAUGAUGGAAACUUUGUGGAAGCCACUGCCCAGCCCUCAGCUCCCCAUGAGAAAUUACCUGUAGUCAUCAGGGUGCCAAAGCUGACCUAUUUCUCGGUAAUGCGCGUAUGUUUCCAGCCUGUGUCCAUAUUGGGCUUUGGAGACAUUAUCGUACCAGGCCUGUUAAUUGCAUACUGUAGAAGAUUUGAUGUUCAGACUGGUUCUUCUUCUAUAUACUAUAUUUCUUCCACAAUUGCCUACGCUGUUGGCAUGAUCCUCACCUUCGUGGUUCUGGUGCUGAUGAAGAAGGGCCAGCCUGCGCUCCUCUACUUAGUACCUUGCACGCUCAUCACUGCCUCGGUUGUCGCCUGGAGACGGAAGGAAAUGAAAAAGUUCUGGGACGGCAGCAGCUAUCAGAUGAUGAACUAUUCAGCAAGUGAAGAGAACCCAGUGACCACUGAUGAUCGGAUUGCCCAGCAAUAGUGAUCUGUGGACCUGCAGUAACGUGUUCUUGACUUUUUACCAGUAGAGUUUGACUUUUUAAAUCAACUUUUGAAUUGACAUUCUGAAAGCAUUUUUGGUGACAUGUUUGCAAAUAUAUAUUUCUACAAGCUGGUACUGACAAUUAUAUCAGAAAGAAUUAAAAUACAUUUACUUUUAAUUAUAUUAAAGUUGUGCCUUCACAUUCAAUAAAAGCAUACAGUGUGUGUAAUUUCCAAGAUGUAUUAUAUACACUAUGUAUUUUUUAAAAUUCCUUGUCCCACCCCUGUACUUUCCUUACUGAAAUGUCUCCUUCAGCUUUAAUGACAGAUCAAAAUAUAAUUGUCAAAGCAAGUUUCUGCACAGAUUUUUUUGUUAAAGAAUUGUGCAUGUUUUAUCCCCCACUGAGGAAUAACAGACCACCAAGACGGCAGCUGUUCAACAGGGGGAGCCCUUAUGUCAUGCUGAGGUUAUAAAUAUACAAUUUGGGAAUAAAUGUAAGCAUUUUUGGAACAAGUUAGUAAAAAUUACAACCAUUUUUUAAACUUGGGAAGCUAAAUUACCUCAGGCGUACAACAUUUGAAUGCUUUUCUAGGUAUAGAGAAGCAUAAAGUGUAGAGGUAUCUGUGAGAGGGAAAUGGAAUGUGGUUCACAAUAUACCAUCAUUUUCUUGAAGAUACAGCUUUCAUUUCUCUCUCUC